AUGGACAUCAAGUUUUGCAAGACCAACCUCUCAUUGAGCACAAGGAGUUGGAUGGGAGGUUCCAAUUCAAGUUCACACAUCCAUUGGCUGGACCUCCAAGCUUCUCCUGCCCAACCCAGAGCUCACCACAGUAGUAGGGGUGAGAACAUUGACUUCAGACCCCCUGUGUACACAUUAGUUGGGCAUGAGGAUUUGCGAGAAGAGGAGCCUGAGCUCGAUCGAGCUGAGGAUCGAGCUGAAGGAUUGGACUUCUCCAAAAGUUCAACAAGUGGCAAGGGAAAGCCAUGGAAAGAUGCAAAAGUCCAUGGACAAGAUGGUGAGCAAGAUCAAGAGUUUGGAGAAGAAGGUUUCUGGUUCUUCAAGCAAGAAGAAGAAGGCCCCAAGGCCCCCACUUCCCUAGGAGUAGAUCACUCCUCACCACUCAAGGAGGCUCCCUGCCCAAGAGCCUCACAGAGCCUCUUCUUUCGAGCCAAGGGAAGGAGAAGACAACACGCAGAGAAGGAGGAAGACUCCAAGGCCAGACGCUCCAGCUCGACCACCGGACUCGAUCGAGUCCAAACAGAGGAAACUCAACUCGAUCGAGCUGAGGUCGAGUUGACCUGGAGGAGCCCCAGUUUGAGAUCCGGAUUUGAGUACGAUCCAACGCCUUACCAGGACUUCUCUCAGAUGGACCCCUACAAGCUUCGAGCUAGCCAGCUCCACCAAGGCCAAGGAAGCCACACACACUUCGAUGAAGAAGAGGAAGAAGAGGAGCCGCAAGCUCGAUCGAGCGAGGAACCCAGUCGAGUGGAGUGCUCCUGA